AUGGCGACGAAGUCCACGUGGCGCGUCGUCAUUAGCCUACCCAAGGCCUUCCCGCAUACAAUCACCCACAAAUCCUGCUACCUCCGAGAGCAAUGGCAGCUGCUACUAUCGCAGCGGGCCGCCAUAGCGUCAACGGCUCAAUUUCCCGCCGUUCGGCCGCAAUGUCACGCGCAACGGUCCGAAUUUCAGGCUCGCGCCGCUCUCUGUUCCGUGCACGCGUUUGACUCGUCGUCCCACGAUCCCUCGCUGCAGCCGCAGCCGUCGUUCCAACCGCGCGGCAUUGUGUGGGGGGCAAGCGUCGCGCGAUUGACGGAAAACGUCAGCCACACCCAGUGCCUCGUAUCCUGUGACGCGUCCGCCUCUAGCGAGUACUCCACCAGCAGCGGCAGCGGCUCGGACACGGAGGAUGACGUCAGCAGGGGCGGCAGGUCGGGCGGCAAGGCGCGGCUGCCGGCGCGGAUGGCUGUGAAGGCGGAGUUCCUGCAGGCGAGAGAGGCGGAGGCUGCUGUGGAGGACGAUGGGCCUAUCCCGCGCAUCACUGAAGACAAGGUGACUCUCAGCUUCGCACGCAGCGGGGGUCCCGGAGGGCAGAACGUCAAUAAACUGAACACCAAGGUGGACAUGCGAUUCAACGUGCUCGAUGCUGAUUGGCUGCCAGAACGGAUAAGAUGGAAGAUUCUCGAGCAGGAGAAGAAUCGGGUCAACAGCGACGGGGAGAUUGUGGUAGCGUCUACACGCACACGAACACAGAAGGGCAACAUUGAAGAUGCGCUUGCAAAGCUUCAGAAAAUCAUAGAUGCAGCGGCCUAUGUCCCCCCACCACCAUCAGAGGAGAAGAAGGCCCGCAUUAAGAAGCUAGCUAAGGCAGAGAACGAGAGGCGGCUACAGGACAAGAAGCUCAAGUCCAGUAAAAAGUCAGACAGACGCAACAAGGGCAGCUGGGACUGA